AAAUCUUAUCACACACAAACACAGAGACACACACACCACGUCCCUCAAACCACGAAACACACUUAUAGACACAAACAGCUCCCACGCCUACAGGAAUGGCCGAGGCGCUACCGGAGGAGGCGUGGGCGGAGGAGAGGUGUGUGGGCGUGGGUGACAGGCAUGGGCAGGAGGAGGAGCCCUUGGAAGCUGCAGUAAUCUGUCCAAUUUGUCUGAAGGAAUAUGAUGCAGAGUUUAGAAGGCCUCUAUUACUCUCCUCCUGCGGUCACACCUUCUGCAGAAGCUGUGUUAAGAACCUGGUGUGCGACAAGGCUACUAUUGUGUGCCCCUGCUGCAGACAUGAAUACAAAGACGCCGAGGUUGACAACUUUCCAGUCAACUUCAGUAUCCAGAUUUUGGCUUCCAGCACCAAGAAUCAACAGAAAAUGAAGCUACCGUCAGCCCACGAGUGCCAGGACCAUGGGGUACGUGUGGCCUUCUGGUGCCGCUCCUGCGAGGUGCCAGCCUGCGGGGAGUGCCUCUUUGAUGGCCACCCGCGCCCCACUCACGCCAUCUGCAAAAUUAAUGAUGUUAUAAAGGAGGUAAAAACACGCGCUGAGGAACUAGUGAAGGAAAGCAGGGAGGAGACAGCAGGCCUUCUUGGGGACCUCCUGUCUCGUGUAGUGCGUGGGAUAUCUGACCUACAGGAGGCUGGGCACAUCCUACAGGAGUCUGGGCGGCUGCGAAGGAUUGCGCAGGAUAGCAAGACCCUCUCCUCCAUAACAAGAGCUUUUGAGAGUGCAAAGAGCGUGAAGCAGCGUGUUCAAGCUUUGAGGAACUGUGAGGAAGCCGAUGUAAGCGAAAGGCCGGUGGUCGUCGCCUUAAGUGAAACAGGAGGGCUCUCGAAAGUGAAGGUCGAGGAAAAGGGCAUUCAUAUAUACAGCCUGCGACCUUCCUCUACUGCUUACACUGUCGCUAUUAAGAUGUCGGUCCUCCUCGAGUGUGUGAGUAAGGACCACCCCGAAGUCUUCCUGGAUCUGAGGGCCGGGGAAAGACCACUAGGAAGGGUGUACAUCACGCUAUGGGGACACAUGAGGCGCGCGCAACAGUUCAUGGCCCUCUGUUUGGGAACUUACGGCCGUCCUUACUACUACUACAGGUUUGACGGGGUGAGCGGUCGGGGUGAGCCAGGGGAAUACGUGAGGGGGGGUGACUACAGCGGAAAGAAAGGACUUGGAGGGGAGGCGCUAAUGGACAAUUUGGAGUGGGGUGGAGCAUGGGCGAAGAAAAUGGAAGCAGGGCAAGUGUGUGGAGUGGGAGGCGACGAUGAGAGGAAAUUCGGGGCUUUGUUUGCAAUUUGCCUGCGUGAAAACCCUGACAGUUUCUUCAGAGCCCCGUUUGGAAUGGUGACAAGUGGCCUGGAAGUGUUAGAAGUGGCGUGCAGACAUCAGCCCUUUAAUCUAGUGAGGGUGUCUGAUUGUGGCGUGUGUGUGUGAGAAUGUGUGUGUGUGUGUGUGUGUGUGUGUUUUGGGGGGUUUUCAGUUGAGAUUCUUUUGUUAAAGUCGUGUUUAUGUUUGUGAUACUACUACUGCUGCUACUACUGCUAUUGCUGCUGCUGCUACUAUUACUGCUGCUGCUACUACUACUACUACAACUACUACUAACACCACUGCUACUACUACUACUACUACGACAAAAUAAUAUUGUGAA